GCAGGUCUCAUUGUUGCAGAAUAGUAAGUCGACUACUACUUCAACCUUUUACAUGAUCCCGACAAAGAGAUAUUCUUUGGUCUUUUCGCUGUUUUGUAUUUUUGUCGCUUUGCACGCUUUCGCUUUACAGUACCAAUACCAAUACCACUACCAUAUCCACGUAUCUAUCUCUACCUAUCUACAUACCACAUACCUCUACCUAAAUAUUACAUACAUCUAAAUACAUCUACAUACAUACCUACCUUCAACUUCCCCCUCAUAAUUCUUCGGCCCACCUGUUCAUUUCUCUCUCCUCUCCUAUCGUGGCAGCCUAGAAAUAACACGGGACAACCGCGCCCAACAAUACCGACUCAUCCCCCAGGUCAUUGCGCGGUCUUGGAAGACCAAUCGAUCUGUCCUUACGGAACACUAAACCCCAUAAAUCCCGACUGGCUGCCAAUUACCUCCAGAUAAUCACAUCAUCUCUUUUUUCCAUCUUAACUAACUUCUCCUCUUUCUCUCGUGCUAGAUAUAGCGACAUCGCCUUAGGCCCACAGCCGUAAUAGAUACUUACCGCAUCUUUUCUUCAAGUCGCAAUCAUGGGUCUCACAUUCUCCAAGUUGUUCGACAAGCUCUGGGGGAAGAAGGAGAUGAGAAUUCUGAUGGUUGGUCUCGACGCUGCCGGAAAGACCACGAUUCUGUACAAGCUCAAGCUCGGUGAAAUCGUCACAACUAUCCCUACUAUCGGUUUCAACGUCGAGACGGUCGAGUAUAAGAACAUUCAAUUCACCGUGUGGGAUGUUGGUGGACAGGACAAGAUUCGUCCUCUGUGGCGACAUUACUUCCAGAACACCCAGGGUAUCAUCUUCGUCGUCGACAGCAACGACCGAGACCGUAUCGUCGAGGCUCGGGAGGAGUUGCAGCGCAUGUUGAACGAGGACGAGCUCCGGGAUGCUAUUUUGCUAGUCUUCGCCAACAAACAGGAUCUGCCCAACGCCAUGAACGCUGCUGAGAUUACCGACAAGCUCGGCCUUCACAGCCUGAGACAGCGCGCCUGGUACAUCCAAUCAACUUGCGCUACAUCCGGAGACGGUCUGUAUGAGGGUCUCGAAUGGCUUGCCACCACGCUCCGUAAGGCUGGACACCAGUAAAUGGGAGGGGGCACUGUGUCAUUUUCCCGUUACGACUCACCAUGUUUCCCUUUCCUCCCCAAUUUAAUGGGUCGGUUGUAACUCGCAAAUUCAUUCCCGGAGCAAUCGAUAUAUUCCAUAAAUGACACUGGUCUCGGUACGCUCUCGCUCUCAUGGGUUACGGUGGACCUGCAAAGUGAAGACGCAAGUUUGAUUUUGGAAGCAUAGGAGGGGAGUGGCGUACUGGGACGAAAUCUGUACGAAUUGAUAUUACAGAACGUAAAAGAGAACUUGAUGCGUUGGGUCACGCUACCAAGGGCCAGCGGAGCCUCGCAUUCUAGUCUGUUUUUCUCGUUCACGAGGCAUUUCCCGUCUAUUGUUCCCCAUUAAUAAGAAUGAUGAUUAACACACAAUGUCAUGAUAUGAUGGUGGCUCUUGUGAAGCCCUGGUGGGAUGUUCUCAAUAUAUGGUCCUGUUUCCGUUUUUACGCUGGCAUUACGAGAUAGAACGAGAUUGGAAGGCUUCGUAGUUUACAGUAGUAGUUGUUGCAACAUGGGAUUUAUUUUAGAUUUUUGUUGUCCUCUUUUUUUAGUAUAGGAGAUAAGAUCUAUGUUGCGUAAUUGUAUACGGCCAUGGUUGAAUUGAGGGUCGCCCUCACAUGGUCCCCGUUAUAACUGGAGUAGACUUAAGAAAAGACUUGAAGUGUAA